GCGAAAUCAAGCUAUCAAGUAUCUGCGAAAUCAUCCGAACGUCAUAAAGUGAUAUAUUUUCGACAACUCCAGGAUAGAAGUUGUUGCAAUAAAUAAGAAAUAGCAUCAAAAUAAUAAACCAAGAACAAUUCCCGCCAUUCCAAUUCAUAUCGCGGCAAGAGAGAAAGGGAAAGAAGAUAGCAUCGUGCCAGUCGUCCCACUCGAGCGGCGAAGACGGAAGACGGAAUCAACAACGAGACGUGGGAAGCGACCAUCGUCCAAUCACGUCGCGUCAAAGAACUCCGAGUCUGCAGCGGACGAGUCUCAUUGGUUCAUACCAUACGUCAAGUAAGAAUAGUUAGGUUGGCAGGCCUGCGCUGCGUUUGCGAAACUUGCGCCCUCUAGCGGAACGGCGUAUGCGACGUCAACAAAUUCGCCAUCUUAUUUUAUUUGGCGUGGUGGUUGCAACAAUUUGUAAUUUGCUUUUAAUUUUCGAUUUCUAGUGCAAGGUUUAGCUGUAAAUAACUGUAAUUGUAAAUAGCUAACAUUAGAGUCGCAACAAAUACGAUCAAUUGUGUAAUUUAACUGUGUAUCAUAAUGGAGGAACAACUAAAACCUCUAAAGGCCCAGAGAGGCUAUGCAAAAGUAGUGAACCAGACUAUGAGCGCUCUCACCAAUCUACAGGUGAAUGUCGAUGACAAAGACCCGUUUUUACUGGGUAUUCUGCAGCGUAAGUUAGACACAUACAGCUGGAGGUCAUAUCAGCUAGAGAGAAACCUGGAGAAUGACCCAACAGUUCAAGAUUUCCUCUCCUAUCUGGAGAGGCGAGCUCUUGCUUUGGAGAACACCGAUCAUAGCGAGACAGCCACAUCUGGGAAACGGCAGCCGGCAAGCAUAGCAAAGAGUAAGGUGACUCUGGCAACAACAACCAAUUCUACAAUGGAGUGCUUAUACUGUGUUGCUGCAGCUUGAGGAGGCCCAAGGCUCGCCUUCAACCAACCAUCAGCUACCAUCUUCAUCUCCAAGCAUCAUCAACACUAAGUUUGGCCAUGUCAUCGCCGGAGCAUUAACAGAUACCAUUAUAAAGGAUCAGGUUGUAUCUCUUUUUUGUGCUAAAUGUGAAUCAGAUGUAAGUGACAAUAUAAAAAAGCUUUGGGAAGUGGAGAGUGUUCCGGAGUUACUAAAAGAGCGGGAUUCAGAGCAAGAGUUGGCAGAAAAAUUAUUUGUAAGCUCAGUAAAGCUUGAAAAUAACAAGUUUACUGUUGACUUACCUUUGAAAAUAGAAACCGGCAACAUUAAUGAAACUCUAGGCAACUCAUUUGACCUAGCAUUACACAGGUUUCUCAGUCUAGAAAAAAGACUGCAAAAGAACAUCAAUUUGCUUACAAAUUAUCAAAAGUUUAUUGAUGACUAUGUAGCCCUGGGGCAUGGGCACUAUGUAGAUAUUAACUCAUACAAUUUCAAUGAGGAUCCAAUUUAUUUUGUGCCGCAUCAUUCGGUAAUAAACGAAAAUAGUAAAAGUACGCCCAUGAGGGUUGUAUUUGAUUGUAGUAUGAAAACAAAUAAAAAAAUAUCUUUAAAUGAUAUUUUACUCAAUGGACCUACAGUGCAAAAAGAAUUGUUUGACAUUGUGCUAUUGUAUAGAUAUGGGGAAUACACUUUGAGCUCUGAUAUUAAAAAAAUGUUCCGCAAUAUACUGGUAAACCCGGAGCACACUUCACUUCAGAACAUUCUGUGGCGCGAUAACUCUAGUCAGGCUAUACGGUGUAUUCGUCUUGAUACCGUCAGUUAUGGUAUGAAAUCUUCAAGCUAUUUAGCGACGCGCUGUUUAUUUGAGCUUGCAAAAACCCACGAGCAUAACCUGCCUCUAGCAGCUUUUAUAAUAAAAAAUUGUACGUAUGUUGAUGACAUUAUAUAUUCAUGUUCGGAUUUAAACCAAUUAAUUGAAGCAAAACGGCAGUUGUGUGAAAUGUUAAGUUAUGGGAGCUUUAGUUUGCAUAAAUGGGCUUCUAACACCCCCUCUAUAUUGGCUGACAUACCGGAGGCUGAGCAGCAAUUUAGUCAGCUUGAACUUCAGAAAGGUAACUAUAGUAUGAAGGCUUUGGGGCUUAAUCUUGAUGUACAGAAGGACUGUUUUAUAAUAAACAGCCCAGUGCCUUUCAAUGAGGAAGUCAUAACGAAGAGGGAAGUGCUUAGCUACAUAUCUAAAUUCUAUGAUCCCUUAGGUUUUGCGGGUCCAAUAGUUAUAAAAGCUAAAAGUAUAAUAUCAAGGAUUUGGUCUAAUAAUACUGCUUGGGAUGAACGUAUUCCAGCUGAGCUAGCUGAUGAGUGGCUUCAAUUUGUUAGGAGUCUAGCGGCUAUGCAGCCUAUCAAUAUAAAUAGGUACAUUCCAACGAACACAGCAGUAACUGAGCAACUAAUAGGUUUUGCUGAUGCGUCCAGUACGACGGGAUACGGGUGCUGCAUUUAUCAUCGUGUGGUCGACAAAACAGGUAAGGCUAAAUUAUACCUACUCUGUUCAAAGUCGCGAGUUAACCCACGCGCGAACCCCCUAACCAUACCUAGGUUAGAGCUAAAUGCUGCCUUGCUUUUGUCCACUUUAAUGGAGAGAGUGUAUAACACUUUGCAUGAAAAUGUAAAAAUUGAUGAUGUGUACUUAUUCACUGAUUCUAAAAUAACUUUGGCUUGGAUUCAAACUGAAACAACUAAACUACAAGCUUAUGUAUCGAACAGAGUAGGGGUAAUACAGCAGAAAACUAAUAAGUGGCCCUGGCUAUAUGUGCCAUCCACAGCUAACCCUGCUGAUCUCAUAAGUCGAGGUAUAAGUCCUCAGGAGCUUCCGAACAGCGCCCUCUGGUGGGAGGGGCCAGAGUUCCUGCAAUCAGAGUACAAAUUUGAAAGUAAAGACUUAGAUCUGCCUGUCAGUUUGCCAGAGAUGAAGAAAUCCAAGACCACACCACUGCCUGCUAAAGUGGUACUUACUACAGGUAUCAAACAGGACAUAUUAUCUGAAAUUUUAAAUAAAUAUUCAGAUAUAGAUAAAAUGACUAGGGUGAUAGCUUAUAUCCUUAGGUUUUGUAAUAACUUAAAGAGCGGUACAAAAAUUCAUGAUAAAACACUAACUCCUGAUGAGUUACAACAUGCGUUGCAUUUAAUAAUAAAGCAUGAGCAAUCUAUUUAUUUCUGUGAUGAAAUAAACUCAUUGCGAAAGGGCAACUGCGUCCGAGGACCCUUGAAAUCUCUACAUCCUUUCUUAGAUAAAGACGGCUUGAUCAGAGUAGGGGGGCGACUUGAUAACUCGGACAUACCGCUAUCACAAAAACAUCCUAUCAUCUUAGCUCAAAAAUCCCGAAUAACUGAACUUAUUAUACAAAGUGAGCAUAAAAGGUUAUUACAUGCCGGGCCUAAAUCGCUUCUUGCUAACUUAAAUCAAAAAUAUUGGUUAAUAAAUGGAAUGCGACAAGUAAAAAAGGUAACUCAUAAAUGUUUGGUUUGUUUUAGGCUCAAAGCUUGUGCAGCGAAGCAGCUAAUGGGAUCCUUGCCUCCUCAGCGAGUCACACCAUGCAGACCAUUCCAGAAAAUAGGCAUUGACUUCGCUGGGCCUGUCAAAGUAAAAAAUUCGCGUGUUAGAAAAGCUAUUAUUAGCAAAGGUUAUGUAUGUAUAUUCGUGUGUUUUGUCACGAAGGCAAUUCAUUUGGAAUUGACCUCUGAUCUCACUACUGAGGCGUUCCUUGCAGCCUUUAAACGAUUUUCAAGUAGACGAGGCCUGCCUAGCGAGGUAUUCUGUGAUAAUGGUGGUUGUUUUCGAGGGGCAAGGAACCAGCUGGUGGAACUGUACAAACUUAAUAGUUCUGCUGAUCAUCAGGGACUUGUGCAAGCAUAUACUGCCAAAGAAGGCAUAAAGUUUCAUUUCACACCUAGCUAUGCACCGGUGUUCGCUGGGCUUGCAGAAGCCGCUGUGAAAAGCAUGAAAUAUCAUUUAAAGCGCAUUGUGUUAGAUGCUGCAUUAACUUAUGAACAGUUAAAUACUGUAUUAUGUCAGAUAGAGGCUGUGCUAAAUUCACGCCCUAUUUUGCCCCUCUCUGAGGAUAUAAAUGAUUACUGCUACCUGACUCCGGGGCAUUUCCUUAUAGGCACGUCUCUAACUAUGUAUCCCGAGGUAGAUAAUUCUGAAACUAGGAACAAUAGGCUAAGCUUCUGGCAACAAUGUACACAGUUGCAACAAAGGUUUUGGAAGGCUUGGUAUAAGUACUAUUUAAAUACUUUGCAAAAUAGAAGUAAGUGGUGUCAAUCUAUGCCUAAUGUAACUGAAGGUUCACUAGUUCUUAUGAGAGAGCCCAAUUCUCCACCUUUGGUGUGGCCCAUGGCACGGGUCGUGAAAGUAUUCCCUGGAAAUGAUGGCAAGGUCAGAGCCUUUCAGUUAAAAACAGCUGAUGGUAAAUUGUAUACUAGGUCAUUGCAGAGCAUAAGCGUUUUACCUAUUGAAAAAUGAUUAUAAAUAGGUAUUUUUUUUAUAGAUUUAAGAUUGUUUCAUUGUAUGUCAUUGAUACUACUAAGACUAUGUCUAUUGUUGUUAUGAAUAGGUACUUAUAGUUGAAAAUUAGUUAAGUUGUUUGUAUAAUGUAAAGAAUUGCAACCUUAAUUGCUAGAUAAACGUUACUAUAGUUAAAUGUGUGCUUACCUUAUAUAAAGUUUUACUACUGAUUAAGAUUUAGUAAAAUGCUGUUAUAUACUUACAUACUUGAUUAGCAUUUAAGAUGCAGUUAAAUAAUAUUUUGUUAAAUUAAAGUAUAUGCCUUACAUGUGUGUUUACUGUUGAAAUUAGUUACAUUUAGGUGCAUAAUCGUUAUAGUUAGAUUUACUAUUAUAUACUUAAGUACUCUUCUAUAUGGUUAUAGCAGGUAUUCAUAAAAUAUGUUGGUUAGGUAAAUACAUAAAUUAAAAACGGUCAGCUUUGUUUAUAUAAACUUUAUUUUCAUAACUUGUUGUUCGAUAGGUAUCUUUCAAGUUAGAGUUGACAUAAUAUCUAAUGUACAAAAAAUGCCUAAGUAAAUACUAUGUAAACUAUGUUAGGUAUAAGUGUUUAAGCAUGAUUGCACUUUAUUUGGUCAUACAAAUGUUAUCUCUUGAGUUAAUUUAUCGUUUGCUCUUUCUUGGGCGGCAAUAUGUUGAUGGCAACACAGGUAUAUUUUUAAUUUAUUGUUUAUGGUUACUUCCGUAUCCUAUACUGUUACAAUAUAACUGCUGUACGGUGCUCUUGUGUUGUGUUAAAAUAAAAUACUGUCUCACUGUGAAA